AUGAAGCUCACGCUCGCUACACUGACACUUGUCGCACUCGCGGCUACUACUCCUCCUCCUGAGCCGGUUGUUCUCAAACCUGUUCCUGAGAAGGCUAGUAGUGGUUGUUAUCACUACAUCCUUGCAACAUCAAUGUCAACCGCUAACGGUAUCAGCGUAAUCCCCAAGCCAAACAACUGCUGUCUUCCUCGUCUCUGCGCCUGCAAAGAUGCAUCAGGCAACUACUACCAAUUCAACGAAGACGCAUGGAAACAAAAGCUAAACGGCUGUGAUCCACCCUGGGGCCUUCUCGGAAAGAAAAUGCACGACAUGCCCAGCUUCUGCUGUCGAGGAUGGAAAGCUCCCAAGCCUGUAUUUCCCGCGUAA